GGAGCACAAACCUAUUUAAACACAACCGGCUGCACACAGGUUUAUUUUCUAAUUCAUAAUAUAUUGUAAGAACAAAGACUGUAAACUGAACGUAGUUGUUCAGUGGUUUGCGUCGCAAGCACUGUAAAGUGUUUGCACUUUCAUCUGCACCUGCUGCAAAUGACUUGAGACGCAAAAUUAAACAAACCGACAGAGACAUCGGUCGGUGUUUGAUCCUCUCACUCCAAAGUGAUGGCUUAUUUUAUUCAGACACAAGGUUACAUCCGUGUCAUCCUAAACAGACAUCACACCGAUCCCACUACAGUGUGAGAAAGUCGGCGAGAUGAAAGGGCGACGCUCGGCACCUGUGGGCGGAGCCUCCGCACCUGCGCGCUCGCGGCGCUGCCCCGCUCAGUGCGUGCAGCUCUCGGACCCCGCAGGACGCACGAGCGCAGCCAUGGACGCAGCGGAGAACGCAGAGGUGCAGCUCCUGGACAUCAGCUCCAACUCGGCCCCGUCUGAGGCCAAAGGUGGGAAAGAGGAGCCGGAGAAGCCGCCGUAUUCCUACGUGGCUCUCAUCGCCAUGGCCAUCAAAGACAGCCCCGACCGGAGGCAGACUCUGAGCGGAAUUUACGACUACAUCAUCUCCAAGUUUCCCUACUAUGAGAAGAACAAGAAAGGCUGGCAGAACAGCAUAAGGCACAACCUGUCCCUCAACGAAUGCUUCGUUAAAGUGCCCAGAGACGGCGCCGGGGACCGCAAGGGGAACUUCUGGAUGCUGGACCCCACGUUUGACGACAUGUUCGAGAAGGGCAACUACCGGCGCCGGAGGCGGAUCCGCAGGCCCUACCGGCUACCCGGGCCCUACCUGAGCGGGACCCCCGUGGAGUUCGGCGAGGCGUUCUACCUGCAGCCCUACGUGGGCGGCACGUGGAGCCUGUGUCCGCCCGGGGCGUCUCAGCCGAGCGGAUACGCGUCGCCCCCGGUGAGGAGCGUGUCCCCCGGCGUCCCCGUCAGCCCCUACUGCCCCCCCGCCCACUUCCACCACGCUCCCUACGGCGCCUACCACCGCCACCCGCCCGUCCUGGUCCCUCACAACGGGUUCACGUACGGCGGGGUGACCCAGCCGCUGAGCCCCGAGGGCGGCACCGCGUCCGUGCCGUGCGGCUACCAACAGCUCACGUCGUACGCGCGGCAGGCGGGAGCGCAGCUCGGGCUGUCGUUCGAUGAGUAGGUUCGCACGUUCCCACCAGCAGCCGGUGCAAGGACUCAUCGUUGAUGUGUUAAACCAUUUCAGUCCGGCUGACAUUUGUUGGGUAACGUUAUAGUUUGGCAGUUUAACAAAGACGUUAAUUGGUUGACUGUUAGUCAAAUCGUGAACACGCUUCCCGUUCCCAAAGCACCAGGUAACAGUUUUGAACGCCAAUGGGUUACUGUGAUUAGCCAAUCAAUUUAAGUCUCAGACUUUGUUUAUACAUUUUUGUUGGAGAAUUAUUUGACAAUUUAUGUAAAUUUUGUGUUUGUUGUUUUUCUUAUUUUCAAAAAUUUUAUAUGUUUUAAUAAGACUUACGUUUGUAACAAAUUCUAUUUAUUUCACUUCUAUGGUUUUAUUAAAUACUUCGAGCUGCUAUGCAACAGUUUGUGACUUUAAAGCACUGAUCAGUUUUCUUCGAUUAUGAAUGUUUCCUUGACGUAAUAUGCAUAAUGUUUGUUAGAAUAAAAUGUUAUUUUUUGCAUUU